UUUCAAUCCAAUGCAGCGAACUCAGGCUGGCGCCAAGGUGGCAGCAGCCGCAUCCAAGGCAUCCGACGCCAGCGCACAGCCAUCAUCAUCAUCAUCAGGAGCAUCGUCAUUAGGAGCAUCAGCGCCUGCACGAUUGUUGUUUGGCAAAAACCUCGCAGAGAAGGAAGGCGUGUUGGAUGUGCUGUACUGGGCGCGUCAGAUUGCCGCAAUUUUGGUCGGCGUUCUGUGGGGUCUGUUUGGAUUCACUGGCUUGGUCGCCAUCAUUGGGUUUGGAAUCGCGAGCACAGCAAUCACAAUCGCUUUCCUGGUGCAAAUCGUGCAAGUCGACGAAGAUGAAUUCGGUGGCCGCUGGGAGCUUGUCAAAGAAGGGUUUAUGCCGUCCUUCUCGUUGUUUUUGGUAUCCUGGAUUGUUGCGUAUACUGGUGUCCACUUUUGAACAAAUGCAACCUGCGUCUCUUUCAUUGGGGGAGCGGGAGUUUACGCUGUAUGGAAUGAAACCUACAUCAAACAAACAACCGG